CCCGCCCCGGGUUUCCUGCUGCUGGCGGAGGCCGAGGGAGAAGGUGGCGGUGGAGGCGGUGGACGGAGAGAAAGCGCCGAGGAACCGGAGAAGAGAGGCGGCUGCUGCCCUCCCCCCGCCCCCGGAGUGAGUCCAGCGCCGCCGCCUCCACCACCUCCUCCUUCAGCGUCUCUGCCCCCUUCCCUCCCCCCGGCCACCUACCUCCCCCAGCAGCCGGGACAAUAGAGCAGGGAGAUGUCCUCCUCCGGCGGCCACCAGCACAGCCAGAGCCGGGCCAUCCCCACCAGGACGGUGCCCAUCAGCGAUGCCACGCAGCUACCUCAUGACUAUUGCACCACGCCCGGGGGGACCCUGUUUUCUACCACUCCUGGAGGUACCCGAAUCAUCUACGACCGUAAGUUUCUGUUAGAUCGCCGCAAUUCCCCCAUGGCUCAGACCCCACCAUGCCAUCUCCCAAAUAUUCCAGGAGUCACCAGUCCUGGUACCAUGGUCGAGGGUUCCAAAGUGGAAAUAAACAAUCUGAACAAUCAUGACAGGAAGAAUGCAAUGGGGGAUGAUGCUCAGUUUGAGAUGGACAUCUGAUUACCCCAGAGCGUAACCAUGGAGAGGCAGCAAUUCCUGAUACCUGUGCAUACUCGAUUCUGCUAAUCGGAUCAGUAACUGAAAGGUGGAAGAGGCGGCGGUAGCAGCAGUCUCCAUCAGACUCCCCACCUCAUCUUCCAAGUGCCAAAGGAUAGGAAUCUAGCUCCCCAAUCCUGCUCCCCCCACCCUUUUUAACUCCCAUCUCCCUGCUCUGUGACUGAAUGGAUGCCCUUGUCAAAUUAUACAGAGCUGAGGAACACUCCGAGUGGAACCUUGGCAUCUCGCACUUUAGAGGCACCCUGUCAAACCAUACACAAGCGAGAACGUACCUCCAUCACCAACUGGAUAUUUAUUGCAAACAGCAAAGGGGCCAGGGACUGGUGGAUUUAUGCUAAGUGGAGAUGGCUUUUUCUGUGUUCCCCUCCCUUCAGCCUGAUCCCAGCUCACAAAGGGCUUAUGUUUGCACAGCAAGUAACCAGUUGUAAUAUGGUAUCUCAAAUACUUUUGAUCACUCGCAUUUUAGAAACUGCAAGGAAUAGUGGGAGAACGGGUAAGAGUCUCUGCUCAGUCUGAGUUCCUUUUCCUCAGUGGGCAGAGCACUCACUUGAGUAACUCUGGGGGAACCUGGGUACUAGUCCCACUUGUGACCUUUCUCCAUGACUCUGUGCCCUGCAAUGU